ACAUUGAUCAAGCACAUGUGCUCCACUUCCAGCUGUAGCUAAUUCUGAAAAGUUGACAGAAAUGCCGUUCUUCAUUAAAUCAAAGCGAGGAAAUACAACAGGAAGCAGAUUUUCAAAGGGGGGAUCAAAAAGGAAGAUCUCGCAAAACAAGGAUCCAGGAGCUAAGAGAAGGACAAAACUAGAUGACGAAGAAAUUGAAAGUGAUUCUGAUAUUGGAAGUGAUGCAGAAUACAAAAAACGUAAGGAUGAGUAUGAAUCAUCGGAGGAUGAAGAAACAGUGGAGGAAAAGAAACUCCGACUUGCCAAACAGUAUCUGGCACAAAUAGAAGCUGAAGAGGCAGAAAAAAGGGAGGACGAAGAGGAGGAUUUCAACAGAGACAUCAUCUCUCACAGAUUAAAGCAGGAUAUCCUGGAACAAACAGGAAGACUUCAGAGAGAAGUAGCUGAUAAUUACCUAGUACCCACAGUGGAGGACAUUACAGUGCUGAGAGGUCAUCAAUUAUCAGUUACCUGUGUGGUUAUCUCCCCUGACAGUCGGCAUCUCUUCACAGGGUCAAAGGACUGCUCCAUUAUCAAAUGGGACAUACAACGAAGGAAGAAGGUUGCUGUGAUACCAGGUGGGAGGAAAGGCACAGAGAAGUCACAUGUGGGACACACGGAGCACAUCCUAUGUUUAGCAAUAUCAUCAGACGGCAAAUAUUUAGCAUCUGGUGGUCUCAAUAAAUUAGUGCGUAUUUGGAAUCCUGAUGAUUGUACACAUGUCCACUUUUUCCCAGGCCAUAAGGAUGCCAUUUCUAGUUUAGCCUUCAGGAAAGGAACCCAUCAACUGUUUAGUGCCUCACACGACCGCUCUGUGAAGGUCUGGAAUGUGGAGGAUAGAACAUAUAUAGAAACAUUAUUUGGCCACGAGGACAGUAUAACGUGUGUGGAUAGUCUGAGUCGUGACCGAGCAAUUACAGGCGGAGGCCGUGACGGCAGUGUAAGGAUCUGGAAGGUUGUGGAGGAGUCCCAGCUUGUGUUUCACGGACAUAAGGGAUCUAUUGAUUGUGUUGCCUUAAUCAAUGAAUCUAACUUUGUAUCCGGGGCUGAUGAUAACUCUAUUUCUUUGUGGGUGGUGACCAAAAAGAAGCCCCUAGUAAUGGUUCGUAAUGCCCAUGGUAGACCGGAUACAGACGUUAAUGAGAACAGACACAACCCAGUGACUUCCUCAGAGAACUGGAUCACAGCACUUACCUCCCUACAGCACACAGACCUCAUAGCAUCGGCAGGUUCCAAAGAUGGCUGUAUUAGGCUCUGGAAGGCAGGACAGGAUAUGAAGUCCUUAACACCACUGUUUACAGUACCCGUGAAUGGCUUUGUCAACUCGUUAAAAUUUUCCAAAGAUGGAGACAUGUUAGUGGCAGGUAUUGGGCAGGAACACAGAUUAGGGAGAUGGUGGCGGAUCAAAGAGGCGAGGAACGGUGCUGUGGUCAUCAAACUUAAACAGAAAACAUCAAAUUAGGAAUGGAAAAUGGCCUCACCUGUUUACCAUCUGAACACAAUGGAAAAUGGACUUCACCUGUUUAC